AUGAGACUGAGCUUGUUUGUGUCUCCUCAUUGCUGCAACAACCUGUUUCAUUCUUGGAAAGGAAAUAAUAAGUGAAUAAGCAUGUCAAGAGGAGAAAUCAUUGUUCUUUGUCUGUUAUUACUGUUUGAGUCUUCAUUGUCUCAAAACCAAUGUGCAAAGGAGACAGACUGCCCCAAAGAAAACCAGCAUGUUUUCGGUUUAUCUGUGACGGAAAUCCCACGCACCCUGAGACAGAGUGUGACAGAGGUUUUCUUUCUGGAUAGCCAGAUUCAAACAAUCCCCAAAGCAGCCUUUGUUGAAAACCCACAGCUCGAAAAGGUGGAGUUCAUUAACACCAACACAACAUCUAUUGAGCCAGAAGCUUUUGAAGGUUUGGUAAACCUCAAGUACAUUGAGAUCUCCAACACUCCAUUAACGUUGAUCCCAGUGGGAGUCUUUAAAGACCUCAGCAACCUGGAGAGGGUUAUACUAAAGUCAAACAAGCUCCGUAGUCUGCAGAAAGGCUGGUUUGAUGGCCUUAACAAAGUAAACGAGCUCUGGUUAUAUGCAAAUGAGAUUGAAUCAAUUGAAGAUGGGACCUUUGAUGGUCUCGAGAACCUUAUGCUGCUCCAUUUAGCUAAAAACAAUCUCUCCGCUGUAUCUUCAGACUGGUUCUCAAACUUAAACAAGCUGGAGAAACUACGGCUUUAUGACAAUCAACUGACCACCAUUCCUGAUGAGAUUUUUCAGAAUUUGCCAAACUUGAAGGAAAUUGGCUUGCAGGGAAACCAAAUAACCGAAUUGUCACCUAAUCUAUUUCCCCAUAAAGACAAGCUAAGUAAGAUACUUUUGGAUAGUAACCUUCUGACUGGUUUACCUCAAGGAUUCUUUGUUGGCUUCCCUCAGCUCAAAACGCUGACCCUACAAAAAAAUAAACUGACUAGUCUACCACCUGUGCUCUUUGGAGAAAUGCCUAAAUUGACAGAAUUAAGCCUCAGUCAAAAUGAUCUCAGCACUCUUCCUAAAGAAAUAUUCAGUCCUCUGAAGAAACUCAAGAAGUUAGAUCUGUCUAAAAAUCACUUUGUCACCUUGAAUGCUGAGUACUUUGAAGGCCCUGAGAAGCUAAUAGAGCUAAAUCUACUGAACAACAAGAUAAAGUUGCUGGGCGCAGAUGUGUUUGAAAAGCUACACUCACUGAUCACACUCAAGCUAGCUCACAACAACCUCCAGACGCUUCCUGAGGAAAUUUUUGAGCCUUUAACGAAACUGAAAAAACUUCACCUCAAUGACAACCCUUGGCACUGUGACUGUAAUCUGAUACAUCUUCAUCUCUGGAUGAAGGCAAACUCUGACAAGAUUGUGUCUCGUGCUGUCUGUGAGUAUCCAGAAGCUCUAAAAGGGCAGGAAAUCAAAUCAUUAACAGAGGAUCAAUUUAUUUGCCCCACCCUUCCCCCCACAACCAAAACUCCCACCCUUACUACUACAACACCACUUCCUACAACACCAACCACCACCACAACCAUUACUACACUCCCAACCACAGAACUAUCUACCACCAUCCUUACAACCACACCACUAGCCACAACCACAAUACCAACUACUGUUCUGCAAACAACCACACCCACAACUACUCUAACAACACCCACACCCACAACUACUACAACAACACCCACAACUACUCUAACAACACCCACACCCACAACUACUCUAACAACACCCACAACUACUCUAACAACUACUCUAACAACACCCACACCCACAACUACUCUAACAACACCCACACCCACAACUACUCUAACAACACCCACACCCACAACUACUCUAACAACUACUCUAACAACACCCACACCCACAAACAACAACACCCUAACAACACCUAACAACAACAACCACACCCACAACUACUCUAACAACACCCACACCCACAACUACUCUAACAACAACAACCACACCCACAACUACUCUAACAACACCCACACCCACAACUACUCUAACAACAACAACCACACCCACAACUACUCUAACAACACCCACACCCACAACUACUCUAACAACAACCACAACUACUCUAACAACAACCGCACCCACAACAACUGCACCAACAACCACUAUGACCACAACUACACCUUCAACAACUAUACCUUAUACAACUAUGCCCACAACCACCACACUCAUGACUACCCAACCAGCUACUACCCAAACAACGACGGCUCCUCCACAAACUACUCCAGUGACCUUUACCUGUCUCAUGGAGCCCCUCAUUCAGGAGCCAUCACCUUCCUUCACGGAUCGGUAUAG